AUGGCUUCCACAACAGCAAAAUACAUUCCACCAUGGCAACGAGCCGGAUACACCCCCUCAACAUCUUCCAACGACUUACCUCCCCCUAGACCAAGGUGGAAUAACAGACCUACUCCCAAAGACCUAUACUCUCAGACUGACCUUCUCAACAUCUUCAAUCAUCCUCAAGACUCCACCUUGACCUUCUUCUCCUACUCUUUGCCUCCUCGACCCCCUCGACCAGAGUACGACCCUACCCACACACCCGAAAGUCUACCUCUCCCGCCUAGUCCACCUCCACCUGCCCCUCCUCACCCUUUGGGCUAUCUCGUCAGCUACGUGGUACUCUUUGGAAACGCACAUCCAGCAUGGAACGAGGAGCAUGAGCUCUGGACUCAUACCAGUGCUGAUAAGCUUAUCGAGGAUUAUGAAGGGAAGAGGAGGAAUUUUGAUAGACCCAUACCGGUGUUUAGAUCUUGGAGAGGGCAUGAUCACAGAGGGGAAUUUGAAUUUAUCGGAUGGUGGAAGAUGGACUCGCUUGAAAUUGUCCAGCCGCAAUCGGACGAAUUGAAGAGAAUGAUGAAGGAGAAAGAGAAGAGUAAGGGAUACGGUCGAAAUGGACGAACAGCAUCUGCAUGGGCCGAAUCCCUCUCUACUCAAUGGAUCAAGCUCAAAUUCAUCAAAACCACCGAAACUUUGAAAGAACCAAAGGAGUUGGGCGAGAAGGAGGGAGGAAAGUAUCUUUUAUCAGUUGGCAACCUCGAUGAAGAAUUGAAGGAUCUAGAGCGAUCCAAAGAGAGUGGUGAUUGA